AUGGCGGAUCUCGAGGACUUUGAGGACCUCACUCUCGGUGAGGUGGGUGAGCUUGCCCGGGAGUCCCACGCCCGCGAACGGCGGUUCCGCGAGGAGGGCUUCCGCGAGGGGACAGAAGAGGGACUCGAGCAGACGGUGCAGACCGGGUUCAACCUCGGCUUCGUCGAGGGGUCCAGCAUCGGCCUCGCGUGGGGCUAUGCACGCGCCCGCCUCCUCGCCAAGCAGCUCCUGGACGCAAACGCCGGCGGCGCGCCACGCCCUCCGGACAAGGAACAACCCAUCCCCGUCCCCUGCCAGGCGAGCGCGAGCGCGGCCUGCAAGCAGGCCCUCAGCAGGCGGCCGCUCCCCGGCGACGCACACCUCGCGUCUCAGCUCCACCAGGCGCUCGCCGAACGCGAGGCUCCAGCCGACGCGGCCCCGCCCGCGACGGACCAGGAGAUCGCCCAGGCGUUCCACGCGCUCGCGCCCAGCGGCGGCGCCAACGGGUCCAUGGCACGACUCCACGCGACUGUUGCGUCUGUGCGGCCCCGCACCGCGGCAGGGACGGGCGCGGAGCCACCGGUAGCGGCGGACAGUGCUGGUCCUGUCACGGACGAUGUCGCGGCUGGUCCUGGACACGACGGCGACGCCUCGAGAGACGACUUUCCGGGUCUUCAAUGUGCAUGUCAUAAGGGCGGCAUCAAGGACGUGAUCGACUACCUUGCGAGCACGGUGCGGACGCUCGAGGGCGCGGGGACGUAG